UACAACGUGAAAUCUUUUUAGACGCGCUUGAUCGUCUGCAGUUUCUGAAGAAAAUAACAGAUUGAAAAAAAAUGGGGAAAUUAAAUGAAUUUUCUAUUUUCCUGAAUAAUCCGCAACAGGUAUAUUAUUCAGGACAACAUAUAGAUGGAACAGUGGUAGUAGAUUUAAACGAGGCGAUGAAAUUGAGAUGUGUGAGUCUGCGUUUUGAGGGAAAGGCCAAUGUUCACUGGACAGAGCAGCACACAACGGGGUCUGGCAAGAGUCGGCGUACAGAAACCAGACAUUACUAUGCUCAUGAAGACUAUUUCAACUUCGACCUCAUGCUGUUUGGUUCAGGACAGAGCACCUUAUUGCAAGCUGGUCGCCACACAUUCCCGUUCUCAUUUCUCUUACCUCCAAAUCUGCCGUCAUCAUUUGAAGGUGCCUUUGGUAAUGUGCGCUAUUCACUCAAGGGAAAAAUCGACAGGCCCUGGAAGUUUGAUCACAAGACAAAAAAACUAUUUACUGUGGUCAGUGUGUUAGACUUGAAUGAACAGACUAUGGCUAUGUCACCCGCUGAAGGAGGCAAUGAGAAGAACCUGUGCUGCUUGUGUUGCAAGUCUGGCCCCAUAUCAGCCACAUUCAGGAUUGACAGACAAGGAUUUGUGCCUGGUGAGACCAUACAGCUUAGUGCAGAAAUAUGCAACCACUCUUCACGCAAAAUGAAGGCUUCUAGGGUCAGACUGAUUAUGUACAUAAUGUACCAUGCUAUACAGAAAAAGCGUUCAGUUCAACAAGAUGUUGCAGUAGCUUCCCACCAAGCUAUUCUCCCUGGGGACAGUGAUAUUUGGAACAGAGAACCCUUACAUGUACCCCCCAUACCACCGUCAUACCUGGUUGGAUGCAGUAUCAUUGACAUUAAAUAUGUUUUACAGCUUGAAGUGGAUCCUGCGGGCCCCGCAUUUGACCUUGAAGUGCCCCUGGAGUUGAUCAUUGGUACCAUCCCCUUACGUCAGGUGGUGCAACAACAAUAUGGUGUAAACCUUGGCCCCUUCAGCGCUGUUCAGCCAUCAAACCUGGGCCCCUUCAGCGCUGUUCAGCCAUCCAACCUGGGCCCCUUCAGCGCUGUUCAGCCAUUGGCCCCUGCUGUCUCCCAACCUCCACAAUAUGUCAUGGCCCCUCCAAGCUAUGCAGAAUGUGUGUUUGGCAAGUCCUCAGUGCUGGAGGAGGAUGACAAUGAGCACACAGGGGGAGACAAGAACUUCACACCCAGCUACGCCUACUACGAGUGGGCAAAGUAGCACAUUGGAAACAAUUUGAGCCUAGAUCUGAGAAAACAGGGCUUAAUUAUUCACUUGCAUAAAGUGUCAUUCCAGAUUAGACUAUAUAUGCAAACAGCAUUGGCUUACCAAGGAUAACACUUUCCAUUAAAACUAGAAUUUUGCUUAGAACGGGCUUCCUUUAAAUGAAAAAUGCCAUACAAGCGAAAAGUGUCAUCCCUUUAGAGCGGGACAACACUUUAUACACAUGCAUUAAGCACUGUUGUCCCAGAAUAAGGCUGAAUAUUUUACUAAAAUAGUUGUUGUUUUUUCCUAUUCUAAUUUUUAUUAGCUGGAAGUUGUAAAAAGUAACAAUUAUACAUAAUUUGGAGAACUUUUUUCUUAUAUCUAUCAUGACUUUUAUGUUACAUUUUUGGAUAUCAUUUACACACAUUAAUAAUUGUAUCACUACAGCCAUUGUUUCUUGUGCCUUUAUUCUGCAAAUAUUAUAAAUUUUACAAAUGGGCCUUCUGUUUUUACAACAUUUUUAGCUUGGCUGUUUUCUGAGAAAACCUGAAGUAUUGUCAUAGCCAGCUCGUCCGCCGUCCGCGUCGUGCUAAAACCUUAACAUUGGCUCUAAAAUCAAAGUGCUUCCACCUACAGCUUUGAAACUUUAUAUGUAGCUGCACCCUGAUGAGUUAUACACGCCACACCCAUUUUUGGGUCACUAGGUCAAAGGUUAAGGUCACUGUGACCUCUAAAAAAAAUUCCUUUGACAAGCUUUCAUUUAUUCAAAAAUGCACCCACAUCCGAGCGUUGGCACCCGCUAUGCGGUGCUCUUGUUUCCCAGUUAUCAUAGAUUUGAUUGAUAACCCUUUGUAAAUAAAAAAAGUACACAAUAUUCAAAUUAGAAGAAGGAAUAAAUGUAAGUAAUAAUGAGCCUACAAAUUAUAUUUCUUGUUGUACAGAAAGUUGUGUGGUCUGUUUCUUUGAAUCAAAAUUAUUAUUUUAAUCAAAUACUAGUAUUUAAAUGAAAAUGUUGUAUGUAUUGAAUUAUUUAAAUGUAAUUCAUGAUGAUGUGUUAUAGCCCAUUGUUUCUGUUGGUUUUUAUGAUCUUCAAACAUUUUUUAACAUUAAUAUUGCAUUAUUAUUUUUUUUCUAUUAUAGAUUUGUGCAUAUGUUGUUAAAUUUAGAGACCCAUGUUAUUUUUCAUACUGGUAAGUAUUCCCCUCCACCCUUUCAAUAAAUGAGGUAUUUGAAGGUAUAUUGCUUUUAUGAAGGGUUAGUUGGUCAGUAGACCAUUUUGUGUAUGCAUGAUGUCUAGGGAACCCAUUUGACAAUCAUUUGUAUUGGUAUGCUGGUUAUUGGAGAUGAAAGGAGAAUGCCUAACAAUUUUGAGGUCAACUUGUCAGAGGUCAAUGUCAUAAGGACUUGUUACAUCAAAUCAUAACCCCACAAAACGUGUUUUGUUCUUGUAUUAUUAUGCCCCCCUUCGAAGAAGAGGGGGUAUAUUGUUUUGCACAUGUCGGUCUGUCUGUCGGUCCGUAUAACUCAAGAACGCUUAGGCCUAGGAUCAUGAAACUUCAUAGGAACAUUGAUCAUGACUGGCAUGACCCCUAUUGAUUUUCAGGUCACUAGGUCACGGUCAAGGUCACGUUUGGGGGGCAUAUGUCUCCGACUGCGGAAUACUUGUAUUAGUUAGUAUCCUGGGUUUGUUCUUGAGGCAAAGAAGACCACUAUCAACUAACAAAGCUAACACAAUUCUUAGGAAACAAUAAAUCUACAGUGUGAAAUCUAUAAAAAUAAAAAAAAGGGUUCUAUUCUACUGAUAUCUAUGCAAACACAGUGCUCAGUAAACCGAGUUACAGUAACUUACACGAUAACAUAUUGUUUUGUAUUUAUUUGCAAUUUUUAUAUAAUUUACUCCUGAACGUUGUAAUUGACCGUUGUUGCUUGUAAAUAGCGCGGCUUUAUCAUUAUGUUUUAUAAACUGCUACUUGAUCAUUCUAUUAACAUAUUUUGGUGAUGUGCAUAUUGUAGAAAAAAAAGGAAUAAAUAAAAAGAUUAAAUAAUGAAAAGUCAAUGCAUGCGAUAUGUAAAAAUGUCUGAUCAAGGUUAACAACUUUAAUACAAGUCAAGAUGCAUGCAUAUUUUGCAAACGUCUAUUAUUCGUGUUUUAAAAAUAUAGGUAUUAAUGUAUACAACAUACUUCUUAUACUUUAAUAUAUUUAAUGUUUUUAAUAAUUUUAUAUUCCUUAUAUAAAAAGGAAUAUACAUAUACCAUUGGACACUUUUUGAAACGGGGUUUUGAUAAUGAUGUUUAAUAAGGCUAAUACACCUUUUUUGACUAUAGUUGAUAUAUAGCUGAGCUUAAGAGGGUGUCUGUUGUAGUUUAAUAUGAAUUACUUGUUCUUAGCUCACCUGAGCACAACCUGCUCAUGGUGACCUAUUCAUAUACAGUGAUGUUUUUCAUCUGUGCAUUAAUCUAACGAUAUCACCUCCUAUACGUUGGUUAGAAUUCUGGGAUGUUCAUUUUGUGGUCUUGUAGUAUAAUUGUUAAAAACUAAUGUUCACUGAACAAUUUCCUCAAAUGGCCACCAAAAUGUUUUAAUAUUUGGCAUGUAACAACGUUUUAUGGUAUUUUACAAUGUUUCUUCAAAUUAUACCACUGGGGUCAAAAAUGGCCUGGUCCUGGGGUGUACCAGUGUUACUUAGACUUAGCUACAUUGGGACAAAUCUUCAGUUAUCAAGUCUUUAACCAAAUAAGCCCAAGACUUUCAUAUUUGGUAUGUAGUAAUAUCUACUGGUUCUGCACACAGUUUAAGUAAUGCACCUGAGGUCAAAUGUGGCCUUACCCCAGGGUUCACCAGUUUUACAUUUACUUGUAUAGAAAUAAGCUGAAAAAAAUGUUACGGUCUGAAAUUGUAAAACCUGAGGGAUUCAUAUUUUGUUUGUAAGAUCGUGUAGACAUCCUCUUAAAUGUUUGUUCAAAUCGUGUCCCUGGGGUCAAAAGUGACCACAACCCAGGGUUCAUAUUUUAUGAUCGUAAAUAUAAUAUAAUAACAAGUGUAAUAUAAAGUGUGUAACUUAGAUAGUGGUCCUCUCAUAAGUUUGUACAAAUUAUGCCUCGGUCAUCAACAUUGGCCUUUGUGGUGGUGUGAGAUGUUUUAAAUUGAGAAAUAUAGGAAAAUACAUGUAUGUACAAAUUAUGCCUCUGUUAUCAAAAGUAUUCCCAAACCCGAGGUCUUGAGUGUUAUAACACUGGGCUACAGUUAUUUUGCCGGGUAAGCGUUCAAGAGCCCUUAGGGUCCUCUUUUUUACAAAUGUUUAUUAUAUGUACAAAUUAAUGUGUUUAUGUGAUAAAGACACAUAUGUACACUAUUUAUAUUAUAUGGCGGUUUGUUAUUUUGCAAAGAUUUUUUUAUAGUGGCCAAUAUACUGGCGAUCUGGUUCUCUUUUUUAUUCAUGGUUAAUGUCAAGUCUUGUUUAUACUACACUUUGUAAUAUGUGUUUAAUAUACUUUUGUGUAUGUAUGCAUGUAAAGAAAUUAAAUUAUAUGUAAGGAC